AUGUCUAAAACUGGAGCCAAGAUCAGUUUCUACGAAGAGAAAAACUUUCAAGGCCGCCGCUAUGACUGCGACUGCGACUGCGCAGACUUCCGCUCGUACCUGAGCCGAUGCAACUCCAUUAGAGUAGAGGGAGGCACCUGGGCCGUGUACGAAAGGCCCAACUUCGCUGGACACAUGUACAUCUUACCCCAGGGCGAGUACCCGGAGUACCAGCGCUGGAUGGGCCUCAAUGACCGCCUGGGCUCUUGCAGGGCUGUUCACCUGUCCAGCGGAGGCCAGUAUAAGAUCCAGAUCUUUGAAAAGGGCGACUUUAGCGGCCAGAUGUACGAGACCACAGAAGACUGUCCCUCCAUCAUGGAGCAGUUCCACAUGCGGGAGAUCCACUCCUGUAAGGUACUAGAAGGCACCUGGAUUUUCUAUGAGCUCCCCAGCUACCGUGGCAGACAGUACCUCCUGGACAAGAAGGAGUACCGGAAGCCCAUCGACUGGGGGGCGGCAUCCCCCGCGGUCCAGUCAUUCCGCCGCAUUGUGGAGUGAUGGCAUGAACGGGGCCGUAGAGUUCGCCCUGAGGGCUGAAUGCUGGCUGGCUUGUGGUCCAAAUAGGCAUCAUAAA